AUGCUCCGUAGGCUUCUGACAGGCAUCGCCGUCUCGGCACCGCCGAGAGCCAACGAGGACGAGCACACGACAAACAGCAGAUUGAAUUUCAGCUCGUUCACCUCUACGAAACUUCACCUUAUCCCUUCGCCCUCGAGUUCUUCGCGGCGCCACCCAAGCACACAACCAGCUACCGCAGACGACGACUUCCGGGUACCAGCACAAUCAAUCAUGCUUUCACGUCUUUCUCAAAGCGAUUCUGAAGCCGAUCACACAAUGGCCGCCAGCUGGAGUCUGUACCAAGACGCAGAGCUAAACCGUGAGUACACCCUCAUCGACAACGAUGACACCGACGAACAGGGGUACGAUGUCAUCCCUGACAUCAAGACAACUCUCUCCGAUGACCGCAGCUACAUCAGAAAGCUUGCGGAACGCAUGGAGUAUUGGGUGUCGGACCCAGCGGCUCGCCUCAGGGGCCGCAAGCAACGAACACCCAGCGAACGCAGCGACGAAGACCGGGCUGCUCAAAAGGGGGCCGAGGACGCGACCUGGGUCGCCGACACCAAGAGCGACAUACGGUGUUUGUGGGACAACAUGGGCGUCGGUCAAGAUCUCCUGGAUGACGAACUGCAGCGUUUGAGUGUGGCGUUCUUCUCUGAAUGCCGGGAGAAGCUCGAGAGGAUGGAGAAUGCGGGCCAUGGUGUCGGCCUGGCGCAGUUCCAGACCACAGUGCGCACUCUUUUGGUCGGGCACGACCUCAAGCUUUCAGGAGAAGGUAUCAAGGUCAUGAAAGAUAUGGCUACCGACAAGCAAGCUCUCCGCAACCGCCACACCUUCAGCUUCGAAGAACAGAGGGACAUCAGCAAGUUUGCUGCCCAGAUGAUGGAUCGUUUGUCCAGAUGGGAAUGCGACCUUCUCCGCAAACGCCUGUCCUCCACUAUGACCCCUGAGCAGAGAUCGAUCCACGUUCGCCACAAUCUGGAUCUCGUCCAUCGCUACUUCAACAAUUGUGCCGUCAGAUCAUUUGCUGAAGGAAGGAUGAAGCUGAUGGAAGAGGAAUUGACAAGGCUUCUGGAAGAAGAAAAGGAGCGAAGCAGAAAGCUUUGGGGGAAGGAUCUGGACCGUCAACAGAAGCAUCAUGAAGAACAAAUCGAGCUUCUCACAAAGCAGCUGGAGCGUCAGAAGUACUGA